AUGGGCCUGCUGAGUAUCAUCAAGAAGCAGAAGCUCAAAGAUCGCGAGUGCAGAUGUCUAGUUUUGGGCUUGGAUAACUCUGGCAAAUCCACUGUGGUGGAUUGGAUCCUAGCCACGUACAAGAAUCGACCGCGCCAGUCGAUUACACCGACAGUGGGCUUCCAGAUCCAUACGGUUCCCUUCCGGGGCCACAGCGUGCAGUUGUGGGAUGUAGGCGGGCAGUCAACGCUUCGCCCGUACUGGGACAACUACUUUGACAAGACGGACGUGCUGUUGUGGGUGGUGGACGCAGCGGCGAUAGCGCGGCUGGAGGAGUCGAUGGGCGAGUUGACAACGAUACUGCGGAACCGCGACCGGCUAGGGUACAAUUGUCGGAUCGUCGUGCUGCUGAACAAGAAGGACCUGGCUGCGGAGCUGCCAACGGUGCUGGAGAGGCUGCAGCGGGACCUGGUGCGGGAGUGGAGACUGGAAAACGUGCCGAUCGAGGUGCGGGCCUCGAAUGCGCUGGACGGGGAAGGUCUGGCGACACUGCUGCCACUGGUUGUGUGGGGGCGCGAGGAGCCCGUAGAGGGACAGCCGCCAGCGGCCACGUGA